GGACGUUCGUCGUCGAUGUCUAUCUGGCCGUCGACCCGCGGAUAGUAACACAGACCUGUAUCAUCUAUUCCUAACUCCAAGCAGAGUGAUCAUAAUUGGAAUCACGCUCAAGCAGGGCAAGACAAGGCGUGACUCUCAGGACGGUCGAACAUGUCUAGGAAACCAUCCGAUCCCUCUACGAAGCUCAAGAUCUCCAAUCCACAACCGUAUCAGCCUCCCAAUGCUUUUGCAAAUCGAAACUUGAGCGACUACCGUCCUGCUCCGGUUCCGGGUUCAGGGUCACCAGCUACCGGAAGAGCGAGUCCUGCUCCAGGACCUGCACCUGCUCGACCAGCUAGAUCCGUUCGAAGAGCCCCAGAUCCGCCGGCGCAAGCUCCAGGAUCUUUUCCCUCGAUUCUUCCCGUAACGUCAUUACCGACCUCUGAGUCCUCCAAGAGCACACCCCAGCCUACACUCCUACAGAUCCCUCCCGCAAACAACGACUAUGACCUGCCGGUAUCACCGAUAUCACCUAUGGACGGGCCUCAAAGAAUUCAGCCAAGUUCAACUACGACUUGGGAGUCGGAGCGUAACCAGCGCUCUCACUUGUUACAGGCCCAACAGCAAAACGUAGAGCGGGAAAACAAGCUUCAAAAUGCGGUGAAAGCCUUCUCGGCUGGAAGCAAGGGCAAAGCUCCAGAACGGUCGGCGUUGCGGAAGCCUUCAGGGGCAAAUGGCUCGAGGUUGCAUGAUGAGCUGAUGAUCGGGCAUGGGGGACGGGAUUUUGAUGAUGUCGAUUCCGUGUUGAGGAAGAUACAGAGAGAAUGGCCUUUCGUGCUGGAACCAGACUUUGCGUCGACCAGCUUGGCUCUGUCUCUUUUGCCUCCUACAAAAGACGAACCAAGAGGUUCCACACCAUACGGCUCUCAGAAUCUCGAAUCCUUCAUGGAAAUCCAGUCGUUACUCUCAGACUCGCUCUCGAAAGCUGUACAGAAUCACUACCAGGUCUAUGCGGCCUCUUUGCCUCAGCAUGCCAACCUUGUGACCGCGCUCAAUCGAGCUCAAGGUGUAGUGAAGGACACGAAAAAGAAGCUCAUUGAAGGCAGAGAACUGCUCAGCGGAAGAACGGAAGCGACCGUCUCGGGAGCAGCGUCAGGCAAGCGGUCAGAGAUGGUAGCGCUCUGGCACAAAGAAAGGGCUCUUCGAGAAAUGUUGAAGACGCUGGAUACCAUUGAGAACCUUAAAGCCGUUCCAGAUCGCCUCGAGACCUUGAUCGCCGACAAGAAGUUCAUCGCCGCGGCCUUGAUACUGACGCGAGCUAUCAGGACGAUCAACAAGGACGAGAUGAUGGAGAUUGGAGCUCUCGCAGACCUCCGCACAUAUCUGAUCGGCCAGCAGAAUGUCUUGGUUGAUAUCCUGCUAGAUGAGUUGAGCAACCAUCUGUACCUCAAAAUUCACUACUGCGAUGGGCGAUGGGUGCCGUAUCAACCGGGACAGACGCACCUGCCGAUACCAAAAGACCAGGUCAAGGAUAUGGACGACAUUGAAACCGCACGUCGUGGAAGCGCCGGAAGCAUAGACAAGAGCAAUCCCCGGCUUUCGCGUUUCCUGCAAAAUCUCUCCCACAAGCCGAAUCGUGAUCCUAUCCUCAACUUGUCCGACGAUGAAUUGAUGAGCAUGCCAGCAAUCCCGCCUAGGGCAAACAGGCGUGAUCUUUCGGUCUAUGGGGGAGAUACAACAAGUAUAGCGGCAGCGGAUCGUGCGCUCCAGGAGGAAAGGGAGAGUACAGUGUCGGGAAACCCUGAGCUGGACUCUUAUGCAUACAUGGCAAUGUGUCUGGAAGCCCUGGCGAUAUUAGACAGAUUAGGCCCUGCCCUGGAAGCGAUCAGUCAACGGAUAGCCAACGAACUCUUCAAGCUGGUAGAGUCCACCAUCGAGGAAGCGUCUGACAGAGCCGAAUUACGAAAGGCAGAGGCCAGCGCGGAAGCAGCACCUCAGAACAAUGUGGAGGAGGGUGAUGUACUCAUCAACGGCGAACUCAACAAGCUGAAGCGUGCCAGUAUGACGGCAACGGCAGCGAACGCAUACUCGCGGCAUCAGCGUUUACGCAUGGAUAGCUUAGAGCGAGGUGGAUCAGAGCCGCAAUCUUUCACUCUUCUCGACCUGUUCUGGACCGUCUAUUCCAAGUUCCGAGCGGUGCUAGAAGGUCAGCGAGUAGUGAGCGAGGUUGUAAGCCGAAUAGCGAUGACGAGUUCAUAUAGCUCGAAGAGGCAAGCAUUCACUGCUAUUCCGACGGAAGACUUUGUGAAGCCGAUGCAGAAAGAGGUUCGAGCGCUCCUACGGGAUUACCUUACCGACACGAAUCGGAAUGCGACAUCCAGCCGCAAGCCCGUUUCGAGCAUCAACGAUAUGAUGCGGAAUGGGAAAGCUGCACGGGACAAGCAAAGAGCCGUCUUUCGCUUUGGCGAUACCGAUACCAAGACGAUCAACAAGGACCUGGACAAAUUCGAGCAGAGCCUUACCCAGGCUAUGCAGAUCCACGUUCCCGGUCUGGUGACUAUGACAGAUAACGGGAUACAAGCGCGUCUUGCUGUAACACAGCUGAACGAGGACGGCACCAGCCUCGCCAAGACUCACAAACUGCUGGUAUCGCCCGACCCAUUUAACGUCUCAAUCUUGUUUCAGCCUUAUCUGGCGUUCGUGACCUCUGCAAGAGAGACCAUAAAUAUGAGCUCUCUCGACGAGGAGCACGGCGAAAUCGGUCAUUUCAUGGACGAUUUCAUCCAAAAGGUUUAUCUGCCCCAGCUGGAAGAAAAGGUUACGAAUCUCUUCCAACAGGCUGCAAACGGACCCACUGCUUUCUUACGUGAUGUCAAUUGGUCUCGAUGGAGCCCGUUUCCGAUCGUUAACGCUGGAACCCAAACGAUGGCGCUGGUCAAUAGUCUAUGUUACAUGUUGGAAACGACUCCAUUCCAGAGGGAAAAUUAUAGCCGUUUGAUCCUGGGGAUCAUCGUCCAAUUUUACCAGAAGUCCAAUUCACAUUACAAGGAUAUCGUGGCAUCCGACUCGUAUACCGACGGACGGUUACCACUAGCUGCCAGCUGGAGUCAACGCGAGGAUAUUCUCGCCAACUUGGGUGAACUACAGCAUAGUCCUGCUGCGGAUGUCCGAGCUCGAGAGAAUCUGAGUCGAGAAGAAAACAAAUUGGAGCUGCCCAUGCUACCUAGGGAUCACAAAGGCCUCGAGGUGAAAGACAUCAUCGGGACAAAGGAAAAGUUUGCAGCUCUGGCCGAUCUCUACUAUACCACCCGCUGGAUCGUUGCUCGCCUCAGAGAGCUAAAGAGAGUCGGGGAAGACCUGGUCUCACCAGGAGGCGCAGAGCAGGGCGCGGCGCUUGAUGUGCCGCCUCCUACAUCUCCCACCGAUAAGCCAGCUUUGGAUCUGACAAUGGCUAUGUCUCAACGCUUCGACGCUAUCUUAUCGACCUAUGAGCAAUUUGGAGACAUGGUGCUCUAUACGCUCCGGAUCGAAUUGCGAUGCCGAUUGAUGUUUUAUAUACAAUCGUCGAUGAGCAAAACAAAUUAUCGAGCGGAGAACACGGAUGACGAGCCCGAUCCACAUGUCCAGGACCUGACCAACGAUCUAUCACAAUGCGAGAGUAUCGUGCAGGUCUCGAUACCACCUGGGGAUCGAGACUUCCUUUUCGUCGGUCUCGAUUCGCUGGCCGACACGGUUCUGGUCUCUAGCGGGCGUUUCGUGCGAAGUAUUUCCGACUCAGGGCUGAGGAAGAUCGAACGGAAUAUCGCGGCGAUCCAGCAAGCGCUGCGAAACAUGUUGUCGGGCGGUUCCAGAAUUGUGCUGUCGAAUUGUCGGCGGUAUUGGCAGCUUUAUAGUAUCGGUCCACAGGCACUCAUCAAUUUGAUACAGGAACGGGGCCCGGAAUACACUUUUGACGAAUACAACCAUAUGCUCACCCUACAGUGCAAGAUCGACGUUCGAGCGGAAACGAGAGCGAACAAUCGACUCAGCUUGCUGCCAGGUCAACAACAAAAUGGCAUGACGUCGGGUCAAAAGACGUUCGACAGUGACCGGACCGCUUAUAAUGACGCUCUCAUCGAACUGCAUUCGUUCUUUAUGUAGCCAAUUCUUGUCAAAAACGUGCUUGUAACGAGGAAAGACCUUUCAUUCGAGGUGUAGACGAUACAUAAUCUUUGAACCUGCC